UAAAGUUUUUCUUUCUCAUGUAUUUCUAAUACCUCGCGUUUCUCUUUCUUGUAUAAACGAGAUAAAAGAUGUGACGAUGUCUAUAGUUUUCUCUGUCAACAUAAAGUAGUACAACAGUAGUAGUAGGUAGGUGGUAGUAGUUAUACCUACUUUAUUUUUGUUGUGAACUUGUGAUUAGGUUGCAUUUGUUGUUUCAAUUUCAAUUCAUUUGAAAUAAAACAAAAUGAACAUUGAAAGUGCUGCUAUUAAUAUUAUCAAAAGAGGUGUGGAAUUAGAUACCAAGAAACGAUAUACGGAGGCACUAGUUUGCUAUCAAGAAGGCCUUCAGAUUUUAGUGGAUAAAAUUAAAAAUGAGACUGAUGAUAACAUUAGGAGUUACCUUAGGACAAAGGUUGAGGAAUAUAUGAAACGUGCAGAAGCGAUAAAGAAGCUUGUAAUACAGCAGAAAGAUGAGGGAAAGUUCCAUGAACAAGUGCACAUUGAGAAUAAUUCUACAGGACACAGCUACAAGGCUCUGUUUGGUCGGUUUUUGGAUGAGGAUGUACAAUUUGUGAUUGUUGAAGAUCCUUACAUUAGGAGCUUUCAUCAGUGUCAAAAUUUCCUGAGAUUAUGCGAGCUUUUAGUACGAUCAUGUUCCAAUUUGAGGCACAUCGAGUUGAUAACAUCAAAAGACGGGCGAUCUGAGGGCGACCAGAGGGAAUGGUUUAGCUAUUUGGGUAGUGAUCUGUUGAAGUACAGAGUAAAACUUAUCGUCAAGUAUUCAGACACUCUUCAUGAUAGACAAAUUAUAUUAAGUUCGGGAUGGAUAAUAAAAAUAGGAAGAGGUCUAGACUUUUUUAAAGCCCCUGAUAAUAAAUUUUGCUUAGGUGUAUACGAUAUGGAUUUGAGGCCGUGUCAUGAAACCACUGUAGAUAUAGUGCAUUCCAAGAAUGUUAAGCAAUCUUAUGGAUGAAAAUUAAUUGUAUUUUAUAAUUUAUUAUAUUGUUUUAGAAGUAAUAAAUGAGUUUUUUUUUA